AUGGAAAAAGAUAACCGACAACAAAAACUAAAACUUGACUCACCGCUUAUUUAUGAAGAAGUAUUAGGCACACCGGGGGAAAUCAUUAGACGUAAAGAUGUAUUGUCACCAGGUAUUUCUUUGAAGGAAGCAUUUGAUGUCGGUUUUACUAUACAUCGAAUGGAAGAAGAGAGUGCUAGAAAAAGAAAGUUGAAGGCUAUGAAACCAAAUAAUGCAUUUUCAACAUUCACUGCCAAAUUAAACCCUUAUACAACCGAUAGUGAUGAUGAAAGUGAAACAGCAUCAUCACCAGAAAAAUUAUCUGUCAUCGGUUCUAAAAAUACCACCGCUUCUACCACCUCCAGUACUACCAGUGGUAAUAAGGCUACUACAAAGCAACCGGUUAAAAUGAAAACAGGAACAGGUGUUGGAUUUUCUCAAUCACUGGGAACAAACAAACAUGCUAAAGAAACAUCAAGACGUAAAGCGUUUGAGUUAAAUAUGGAAGGUGCGACUUUAUUAGGGAGAAGACGAAAAGCUUUAGAGGCAGGUGGAGAAGAAGGACAAGAAAGAAUUGAAGAUGUAACAGAUAUCAUACAAAAAGUUCACAAAAUAUCAAUAUCUGGAUGA